CUCUCUCGCUCUCUCUCUCUCUCUCAUCCUGCGUAUCUUACCGACGCCUGUCCCAGUCCCAGUCCCGUGAGCUCAUCACCGGAGCCGAGCGGAAGAAAACUCCGAUAUCCCACAAUCAGGAAAUACCGCUCAAACUCACCACAGCUGCCGCUUUGUGCAGCCACUUUCACCGAGUAGAAAACAUUUUUUGUUUGUGGAGGAGAGAUGCGGGUGGUAAACAGUCUGGCCGAACCGCGAACCCAGUAACGGAGCUGAAAGCCGCGGAGGGAACCGGAGAAGCGCUACACGACGCGUCCGUCAUCAUCACGGCCCGCUGUUCCGGUGGAGCGACUGACGUGAGUCUCCGGUACCGUGUGUGUGGAGCUGCUGGAGCAGGGUUUGGUGGCACAUUUGUACCCAGAAUAUGCUGGAGUGGGUGAGUGAAGUGUUCUGGCAGGAGCGUCUGUGGUUCCCGGAGGGUUUGGGAUGGGCUGAUCUGGAGGACCGUGAUGGGCGAGUCUACGCGAAGGCACGGGAUUUGUGGGUGGCACUGCCAAUCGCCGUCCUGUUUCUAGUAAUUCGACAGGUCUUUGAGAGAUAUGUUGCUACACCGCUAGCCUCUCUGCUGGGCUUGAAGGAAACAGUCAGACGGCGAGUUACACACAACCUCACACUGGAGUCCUACUAUUGCAACACAACUAAACACCCCACACAGAGUUCAGUAGAGAAACUGUGCAAGCAGACGGGAUGGACCGAGCGACAGGUCCAGCGCUGGUUCAGGCGGCGCAGGAAUCAAGACAGACCCAACCUUCUCAAGAAGUUUCGUGAGGCCAGCUGGAGAUUCGCCUUUUAUCUUCUCGCCUUCAUCGGUGGUCUUGCUGCACUAAUAGAUAAGCCCUGGUUGUAUGAUCUCGAGGAGAUGUGGAAAGGCUUCCCCACUCUGACUCUCCUGUCGUCUCAGUACUGGUACUACAUGCUGGAGCUGGGUUUCUACACCUCUCUUCUCUUCAGCCUGGCGUCUGAUGUCAAGCGUAAAGACUUCAAAGAGCAGGUCAUUCAUCACGUGGCCACCAUCAUGUUGAUCAGCUUCUCCUGGUGUGUUAAUUACAUCAGAGCGGGAACGCUCAUCAUGUUCAUGCAUGAUUCAGCCGACUAUCUGCUCGAGUCAGCUAAGAUGUUUAACUACGCCCGAUGGAAGAACGCAUGCAACUACAUCUUCAUCCUGUUUGCUGCGAUCUUCAUCGUCACUCGCCUCAUCAUCUUCCCUUUCCGGAUCAUGUAUUGCACAUGGGUGUAUCCCGUGACCCUGUACCCUCCGUUCUUCGGAUAUUACUUCUUUAACGGGCUGCUGAUGGUUCUGCUGUGUCUGCACAUCUUCUGGGCCGCGCUGAUCAUACGCUUGGCCUUCCGCUUCUUGAGCAGUAACUCGUCGGUAGAAGACGAGAGGUCCGAUCGAGAGGAGACGGACGAGUCAGAGGAGGAAGAACAGAUGAGAAACGGAGAGAUAAAGAAAAAUGGACCCAUUCAGAACGGCCACGCUACAUAUAACAACAACCACUCUAAAACAGAGUGACGUCCCGAGAGAAACCCAAAGAGAUUCUUCCUCUCCUGAAGCAGAGCAGAGACGAACACACACACAUACAGUAACAGUCAUCACACGAACACCUCUAUCUGGAGGGACGAACAGAGAGCAGUGCUGCCUCUAUUGACAUAAGCUUACAGGAGCAGAUCACCUAGAAAUCUACAUCAUUUACUGAUGCCUCUCCAAACCUCGGUGAGACUGAACUUUCAACCUGCUCUUCCCCAUACAAUGAAAAUCAAUGGUGACCACGACGGUCAAGCCAGAUUUGCUGUCUGUUCCUCACACAGAUCAGUGCUUGUCUCAUAUUGCUGCAUUUUUUAUGCUGCGUCUUUGUGCUUUCUAGAGCUUGAAAUCCUUUAAUUUCAUUGUAUGGUAGACAGCUAUGGAAGCCAAUGGAAUACAUGAAUAAAAGGUAAUUGUGACAUUGUAUCUCACAAUUCAGACUUUGUUUCUCGCAAUUCUGAGAAAAACAGAAUUCCAAAAUAUAAAACUCAGAAUUCCACGCAAUUCCAGAGUUUAUGUCCCAUAAUUCUGAGUUUACAUCUCGCAAUAAUUAUGGGAUGUAAACUCAGAAUUGCAAGAAAAAAGUCAGAAUUAUGAGAUAAAAAGUCGCAGUUACAUUUUUUUUGUGUAUUUUUACAUUCCCUGGCGGAAUCAGGCUUCCAUAGAGAGCAGCUCUGACAUUAUGCGAAACUCUAAGGAAAAAAGUCAUAUGCGUAAAUGAUGACAGAAUUAUUUUAGGUGACCUGUGCCUUUUAAAAGUGCCUUCCUUUGCCAUUGUUUGCUCUUUUUCAUGCCUUGUUUUUAGUUUUUAAUUUAAGAAACUGCAGAAACUCUUUCCACAGAGUAUAACCAUUCAUCAAUAAUACCGAACACAUGUGAGUACCAAGUACAUCAGUUUGGUCUUAAAGUGCGGUCACAAUUCACUGGCAAAAAAGUUCAUAGUCUAUUGUCAGUAGUGUAGCGAUGUAUGAAGAACAUCUCGCACAGAAGUCACUUCCAAACCAAACAGAUUACGCGAGAUGGUCAAGCGCAUUCAAUGCAUUUUCACUCAUGGAAUAAAAAAAUCAUGGCGGCUGGCAGUAAAUAAUGCAUUUCUGCAAUGGCAUUGGUUACUAGAAAAGUUUUGUUUUGUAUGAUGCUGCAUCCCUGACUCUGAAGUGUCAGGACGAUCAGACAGAGCACCAAAGAAGUCACUGAGUGCAUCUUAUAAUAUGGCCGAAUGUUACUAACUUUCUAACGCAAAGGAAAAAACAUGCACUUCACUGCCAGUUCUCCUUCCAUUCAGUUUAUGAAUAUGAUAUUUAACCCAUAUUUUACUCUAAAGCUCCUAACUAUGAACGACACGUAUUGGCCAGUUGUAGCUCGGUCAUUUUCACACCGAUUCUAAAUAUAUGAACACCUUGCUUUCUUCCGUCUCGAGCAGCUGAGAUGAAUUCGGCUCUUCUCAUUUCUCUGAGGUGCAGGUUUUUCUCUCUCAAAGCGGCCAGUGCUGUCUACAUUCAUGAUUCAAUCCCACAGCUGCUUCAUCUGAAUCCACUCGUUCACAUCGCAUUUCUGUGUCCUGCUCGGAUUUCAUCAUUCCUCCCAUGGUCCUUCGUCAACUUCCCAUCAUUCUCUUCUGUACAUUCAGAUGCAGUCCACUCAGUUACAGUGUUAUCUUUAUUUUGUAUUUUCCUGUGUUUUGUAAUAUGAUAUUAUGGAGGAUGUUAACAAUAAAAUACUGAAUGUGAGUCACA